AGAUUUGCAGAGAAAGAGUAGUAGUAGAAGCAAAAGGUAAUUGAUGGCUGGCUAUAGAGCUGAAGACGACUAUGAUUAUCUCUUCAAAGUGGUUUUGAUCGGAGAUUCUGGGGUAGGGAAGUCGAAUUUGCUUUCGAGGUUCACCAGAAACGAGUUCAGUCUUGAGUCCAAGUCUACGAUCGGUGUGGAGUUCGCGACUAGGAGCUUGAACGUGGAUGGCAAGGUCAUCAAAGCUCAGAUUUGGGAUACUGCUGGCCAAGAGAGGUACCGAGCCAUCACUAGUGCUUACUACCGAGGAGCAGUUGGUGCGUUGCUUGUGUAUGAUGUGACACGACAUGCAACAUUUGAGAACUGUGAGCGUUGGUUGAAGGAGUUGAGGGACCAUACAGACCCUAACAUUGUUGUUAUGCUCAUUGGUAACAAGAGUGACCUCCGUCACCUUGUGGCUGUUUCUACGGAUGAUGGAAAAUCCUUUGCUGAGAGGGAGUCUCUCUACUUCAUGGAGACAUCAGCAUUGGAAGCAACAAAUGUGGACAAUGCAUUUGCUGAGGUCCUAACCCAGAUCUACCGUAUUGUGAGCAAGAAAGCAGUGGAGACUGGUGAUGAAGGAGCAGCUUCUUCUGUUCCCAGCAAAGGAGAAAAGAUAAAUGUCAAAGAUGAUGUGUCGGCAUUGAAGAGAAUUGGGUGCUGUUCAAACUAACGCACGCUUAGGAUUCUGAAUUUGUUUGUGUCGAAGAUGUGGCAGAGUGUUUUUGCUGCAUCUGUUCCUUCUGUGUACACCAUGGCUGUGUAAGAUUUUCUGAGUGAUGCUGAACCAGGAGAGAGGGGGAGUGGGGAGGAAUUGUUUUAAUCUUCAUUACUUGCAUUUUAUUUGCUGUGAUUUACUAGAAGGAGCCUGUAUUAGGGUUAGGAUUUUAAAUUUAUUGCUUUGACUUGGAUCAUGGAUGGUGUUUCAAAAUUGCAAGCAUCCUGUUUAGGUGGAUUCAUGUACUGACGUCUUCAAUAGAGUUAUUGCUU